AGCUGGCUAUUUACUCCUGCCACACCCACCCGCCCCCCAGCCAACCGAGUCUGCAAUGGGUGGGGUGUGUGUAUAUAUAUCUCAAGCAGGCAACAUAAACCCCUUCAUUGACUCACAACUGCUGGGUUUGCUGCUGUUUGGAAUUACCAUUCCCCACAUUUCAAUCCAGCAACGACGCAAUGGGCAAAGUCCUUCUCCUGUGUGCUGCGAUUCUUGCCUGCACUGGUGUCGGGUCAGCUUUGCACUGCUAUCAAUGCACAUUCACCUUGUUCAACCUCCCCUGCAUAACCUCAAAUGUUACCUGCAAAGCUGGGGAAGUUUGUGCAACCAUCAAAGGAUCAGCAGUUGGCAAAACCGUAAUCAAGAGGAAGGAUUGCGUCUCCAAGGAAAACUGCGGCACAAACUCCACUGACACAUACCUAGGCGUCAAAUACACCACCACUUAUAAAUGCUGUGAGGGAGAUGCAUGCAACUCAGCCACCACGCUGUCCUCCGCUCACCUUUCCUUAUCCAUGGCACUGGCCAUGCUGGGCUUCUGGUUUACUCAGCUGCUCUAAAUGCCCACCUGCCAUCAGCAAGAGGGAGCAGCUUCCCCAGGAGAACAAGAAAAGUUAAACUUACUAAAUGCUCCUUGAGUAGCUACUCCUUGUUUAAUGAAAGAAUUGUAUUUUUCUCCAUCUGCAAUAGUUCAAUGCUGGACAAAGUUACACUCUCCUCAGUCCAUUAAAGGACUUAGAAGGGUGUUGCUCUGAUUACUACUGUACUCUUGAGUCAUAUAAAUCAAGUAUUGGUGGAAUAAAUUAAGGGGAACUGGUUGGAAGAAGGAAGUCCCUUCCCUUUUCUUUUGAUGCC